GUUUCAAGCACUUCCGUGGCUGGGGACGCGCGCUGAGGCCCGGCCCGCUGCGUGUGCUACCUCUCGUCUCUGCACACGAGCUUGCCCGGUUGCGUUUGGGCAUGGACAGCGGGGAACAAACUAGAUAUAAGAUUCCCUACCUGGCACUUUUGCCUUUUCCGUGUGCUUGUUGCAAACGUUGCUUUGUUAACCCCCUUAACUCUGGCCAAACCUACCCUCUGAACUCCGAGAGCGACAAUGUGACCAACUACAUCUGUGUCGUGCCCUUCAAGGAGCUGGGGCUGGGCCUGAGCGAGGAGCACGUGUCCGAGGAGGAGGCCCACAACCUCACCGACGGCUUCAGCCUGCCCGCGCUCAAGGUUCUCUUUCAGCUCUGGGUAGGGCAGAGCUCCGAGUUCUUCCGAAGGCUGGUGCUGCUGCUCUCUCCAGCCAAUGCUUCCCCCAAGCCGCUGGUCACGCCGGAAAGUUUGCCUCACCAUAUCUUGUCCGACGUGACUCAAGGCCUACCUCACACACACGCUGCCUGCCUCGAGGAGCUCAAGCGAAGCUACGAGUUUUAUCGGUACUUUGAAACUCAGCACCAGUCGGGUUUUGAGCGGGCAGCCAGGAAAAAGCAGAAGUCGAAAGAGCUGAACAGUCUCCACACGGCGGUUCGUAGCCUGCAGCUUCACCUCAAGGCGCUGCUCAACGAGGUAAUAAUUCUUGAGGAUGAACUUGAAAAGCUUGUUAGCACUAAGGAGACACAUGAGUUAACAACAGAAGCCCAUCAGGUUCUGGAACAAAAACUGAAGUAUAUCCAACCUCAUAUCCAGGCAAGCAACAGCUGCUGGGAAGAAGCCAUUUCUCAGGUGGAAAAAAUGAGUCGAAGACACCCAGAUAACAAAGGCAAGCUUGAAGCUUCCUGGGACAGCCUGCAGCAUACUGCAGUACCUUUAAUGCAGCCUGCCCUGCACAUUGAAGACAAAGACCCGAUCCCUGAAGAGCAGGAAUUGGAAGCAUAUGUUGAUGAUUCAGAUAUGGACAGUGAAUACAAAAGGGAAGAUUUUUACUGCUUUUCCCACGAAGAGAGAGAGAGACAAAAACGGGAGAGAGAGGAAUCCAAGCGGGUGUUACAGGAAUUGAAAUCCGUAUUGGGAUUUAAAGCUUCAGAAGCAGAAAGACAGAAAUGGAAACAGCUGCUAUUCAGUGACCAUGCUGCAGUGAAACCCUUGUCACCUGUAGAACCACUGAAGCUACUAAAUAAUAUGGAGUCACCUAUGAAUUCGGUUACAGAAAAUCAGGACUGUAGCCAAAGUUGUGAUAAAUCUGAAGAAAGGGACUCGAAGCUAACAGUGAAUGCUGCUGAUAAGAGCAGGACAGAGUAUUUGUAUGAAGAUCCUGAGAUGGAGGAAAACAGAGACAAUACCACAAACGAAGGUGUUUCUCCAGAGGCUGGGAAAAGAACGUAUCAGUGCGAAGGGGACGGAGAAGAGCUGCAGCUGAGCGGGGUGGACGGGGCCGAGGUGUCGCCGCCGGCCUUGCAGGGUGCCCUGCAGUCACAAAUCAAGCAGAGGCUGGCGCUGCUCCACAGAGCAACAGAUUUUACCUUCACAUCUGGCCUGGCUGCACAAGUUGCUGCCCGGUCUCUUACUUUUACUACAAUGCAAGAACAGACUUUUGGAGAUGAGGAGGAUGAGGAGGAAGAAGAGAAGAUCCAAGAGAAUGAAAACCUGAUUGAAGAAUGUGGGAAUGAAGAUAGAGGCUCUGAAAAUGAAGAAGUGGUACAGGUCUGACCUGAACUUUCUUAGGCCUAUAGCAGGUGAUUUUGAUAGAAAUAACUAAGGUGGGAGUUUGAAGAUCAAAAUGCUAGGUGGAAAAAUGGAGACCUAAAUGUAAUGCGCCUUGUUCCCUAAGAACGGUACACUAAAUAAGACCUUAAGCAUAUUGAGAAUUUGCAGGUAAGAGGAAUUUAGGUUGCACCUGACAAAUAGUUGGCUGGUGCCUCUUGAAGACCCUAGCGGUGGGU